GUGCGGUGCGGUGCGAUGCUUGGUCGCAGCGGAGGCACUUUUGGUCUCAUGGGUUAUCCUGUGCGAGUUGAAAGUUUAUACUGUAAUAACUCAUGAUGGGGACUGUGGCGCUCAGUCUCGGAUAGAACCAUGGCAUUGCCAAUUUUCAAUGAUGAAGCACAGUCUGUUAUCUCCAACAAAAUGGAUAUUCUCUCUUGUAAAAACAUUCAGUUUACUGAAAAUCGGGAAUGACGACUUGUUUUCAUCGCUUGUUUGCCGCUACUCAUUCACUAUGCUUUCUUGCAGGAUACCAUGGAAUGGAAAGCAAGAUGUUUUGAUUGACAGAUUUGAUGGCCGUGCAUUGCUUGAUUUUAUCCGAGACUCGAGCUCUCGUCCUUUUCGAGUCCAAGAGAAAUCUGAAGAAGAGGAAGAGUUAGAGGAAUUUGUUAAUUUUGAACGUUAUCGGGAUUUGAUUAAGCAUCGUCGAAGAGGAUGUCGUUUCUGAUGAGGCCGGUUUGCAGCAUGUUGUGCAAGAGUUGGAGGCAAAAGCUCUUCUUCCUUUUAGCUUUGACAAAACAUUGCUGUGAAAUGUCAAGGAAUGAGAGCAGUAAUUUUUUGCUCUACCAAAUGACACCACCACUACCACAAAGGCCGAUAGUUUCUAGCAACUUGGGACCUCAGUCCUCACAGCCUCCUGCUAGCAAAGGUGCAUAUUCACAGGUUGGAUACUCAUAUAAAGGGGAAGGAAAUGAGGAAUCUGAAGACCUAGACAGUGAUGAUGAUGAUGAAGACGAAGAAGAUGAGGAUGACGAUAAAGACUUCAGUAGUGAUGAUAGCAGUGAUGAGCGAAUGGAAAGUAUAGCCAAGGAAUUUGGGAUAAAAAGAUAUAACUGGCUUGUGUACAUGGACAAAAAAAACAAAGAAGAGGAGAAGCGGCAGAAAGAAAUUGUUAAAGGCGACCGGUCUAUUAAAAAAUUGAGCCGUAGAGAAAGAAGGAAAGCUUCUCAGAUUGAGCGUGAAAAAGAGCGGGAGGCAGCACGUUCUGUUGGACGGGUUUCUUAUCGUGAUCCUUACAGGGAUCAAAGGAGAAGCCCAUCAUAUGAAGCAUAUUCAAGGGGCAGAAGAUCAAGGUCAAGAUCAAGAUCUCGUUCACCAUCCCAUUCUCGGCGUCAUGGCCGUGGGAUGCAUGCUGAAAGCAAUUAUCGGAGCAAGCAGAAGGCUCCUAGGGUUGAAUAUAUUACUGAAUUUGGAGGUUCUGAUGACACCAGUGAACCAAAAGUUUCAGGGAUCUCUCCACCUUCGUCUCCAAUACGAAUUGACAUACCUAACCGGUUGUCAGGUGGUCAAAUUCUUGAGGCACUUCACAGUGAUCCUGCGUCUUCUUUGUCUGUGGAACAGGAAAGAACUGCAAAACUUUUGAAACCACCCCCCAGUACAUCAUCAGCACUCGCUAAACUAAGCAAGGGUGCUUCUGGAGGAACUGGUAAAACUCCCCAGACUGAAAAGAAAGAAACACCACAAGAAAGACUUAAAAGGAUAAUGAGCAAACAGCUUAACAAGCAAAUUAAAAAGGACACAGCUGCUGAGAUUGCCAAGAAACGAGAACAGGAACGACAAAGGAAGGAAAAACUUGCUGAAGUUGGUCGGUACAGGCAUCGUAGCCGCAGUAGAAGUCUUAGCCAGUCCCCACCAAGAAGGCGGCAAUAUAGCAGAAGCCGUAGUAGGAGCAGAAGCCCAAGAAGGUACCGAUCCCGCUCACUCUCCAGUUCCCGGUCGCCCUCUCGCUCUCCAAGGUACCGAAGCAGGUCAAGACACUGAAAAUAUCCAGGAAUCUUUCAACAAAGUGCCUUGCGAUGUUUUAGUUAUUUUAUUUUUAACUUUUCAUUCCUACAGUUUGUGUACUCAUGAGAAGCCUUCGAUUUGUUUUCUUAGAGCAACCACAAUGUGUGGCAAAAGUAGUCCAUAGUGAUUAAAAAAUUACCUACCAGCUACCUGAUACAUUGUGAGGACAGUCUAUAGAAUGGUCAAUAGCAAAAGCUACCCGUAGCACUAUGGGCUACCCAUAAGACAGUAAAAAAAUAAUUCACUGUACACAUGCGGUGGUGGAGAGGUUGAAGAUGAACUUCUUCCAUCCAUGGGAGGUUCAUGUGGGAUUUUUUAUUUCAGCCUGGGACCCAUUCCUAUAGCCUAGAUGAUCUAUAUACAUUGUGGUCUGAAUUUUAACUAUUGCCACCUGUUGUGGGUCCCAUCCCUAUGGACUAUUUCAGCCAUAUACAUUGCUUUAGUUAGUUCUUAAA